ACGCGAUACGACUCCAACUGACGACGGAACAUCGACCGCCCACGACAUUCAUUUAGCCACCCAUCCCAGAAGCUCCAGCCUCGAGAUUGUGCAUUAGAACGCCAGGCAUCACCGCAGACCUGCCCACCAUGACGCGCGCCCAGCAGACCAUCUCCCUCGCUCUCCUCGUGGGCUCCCUCUACCUCGCGCUCUUCCUUGAGCUCGUGCCUCUUCCCUCCAUCGUCCAGGAGCAGGUCGUCCCGGUCCUUCCCUUCUGGUUCGUCGUCUCCUUCGGCGCCUACCUCCUCGCCCGCCUGGGCUUCAACGUCAUGACCUUCAACGACGUCCCCGAGGCUCACAAGGAGCUCAUGGCUGAGAUUGAUCUCGCCAAGGUGGACCUGCGCGCUCUGGGUGUGGAUGUCGACUAAGGGAAGGAAACGAGAAGGAGAACAAGCAAAGGAAGCAAUGCCAAAGAAGCAGGCACGGUCCGACUCUUACGGAUAGAUAUCAUGUUGAAAGUACCUAGGUAAUGGUAAAGAAAUGGUACCGGCAUUGGAGCCGCUCUGGCGCCGCCUCCGGGUUGAUCUGGAGUUUCUGUCGCACCCAAGGAUACUUGACACCUUGCAACCUCACCAUCUUCAAUCGCUCGCUC